AUGCGAAGUUGGCUUCAUGGGUUCCUCGCAUUGGGACUGUCGACCCUGACAGUUGGUGCGUUGGAGGUCAAAAUGGAUGAAUCUAAUGACAAUCGACAAGUAUGCGCCGGCAUGUACGACCGGAAGACUUGGGGAGGCCCGGCUGAGCCUCAUAUAUUAGUAAAAUGGCUUCCAACUACACAAGACUCAGAAGAUCCUGAUCCAACUGCAAGUAUGAUUAUUUUCGAAUGGAGGGACUAUGACCUCGUUGGUGUAUUGCCAACCAUAGACAGCAUUCAGAAAGAAUUCAUUUGCGAUCAGGAGAAUAUCAGCAAUCGCUUCUGUAAUAGCAAUCAAACUGGGCAAUUCCUCUUGGCGCCAAACGCAACGGAAAAGUCAAAUAGUCAGCUCUACACUGCAGCGGUUCAUCUUAACAGUACUGAUCCACCAAUCAAUUAUCCUAUCAAAAAGACUGGAUAUUACUGUGUUGGUACAACUGGGUAUUUGCCUUCAAAUGUUAAAUAUACUGCGGUCGUGGAGUUCCGAAAUGCCUAUGGAGAGCUACCAGCAGCACAAAUCCCAAAACUGCCAUUUUACGGUAUUAUCACAAUUGUCUAUGCUGUCAUUGGGAUUCUUUGGGCAUUUCUCUACGUGCAACAUCGAGAAGAUAUUCUGCCAGUCCAGAACUAUAUUACGGCAAUCAUCGUUUUUCUGAUAGUUGAGAUGCUAAUGACUUGGGGGUUCUACGACUACCUCAACCGAUCUGGUAGCAAUAUCGGCUCAAAAGUAAUGAUGAUUAUUGUUGCUGUACUGAAUGCAGGCCGUAAUUCUUUCUCAUUCUUCUUGCUUCUCAUUGUAUGCAUGGGUUAUGGUGUUGUCAAGCCCAGUUUAGGCAAGACAAUGGUUUAUGUCCGUUAUCUCGCUGGAGCUCAUUUCGUCUUUGGGUUGAUUUAUUCCAUUGCGAGUUUGACGAUUACUCCUGAACACGCUGGCCCACUGGUUUUGUUUGUUAUUUUGCCUUUGGCUGGAACUCUUACAGCAUUUUACGUGUGGACCCUCAAUUCCCUCAACUUGACUAUGAAGGAUUUGAAUGACCGCAAACAAACGACGAAAGCAAGCAUGUAUCGCAAACUCUGGUGGUGUAUUCUUCUCUCGAUCAUCGUUAUUUUCGGCUUCUUUUUCUUCAACUCAUUUACUUUCGCUUCGGCUUCGGAUCCGGACUUUGUUCCCUUUCAUUGGAAGUCCAGAUGGUUCAUUCUCGAUGGCUGGCUCAACAUCGUCUACUUAGUCGACAUUGCAUUUGUGGCCUGGGUAUGGAGACCCAGUGCUAACAACAGAAGGUUCGCUAUGAGCGACGAGUUAGCGCAAGACGAUGAGGGAUUUGAGAUCGCCGAUUUUGGCGCCGAAGAUGACGACGGAGACGACCCUGAGAAUUCUGCAGCUCGCCGAGGUGACCGAACACAACCCGGUCAAGAAGGGGCAAGAUAUGAUCCUCCCUCAGGAGCUAAUACCGCAAAAGAAAUUCCAAGAGAAAGUCUUGAUGGGGAAACAAUUUUUGCGGUUGGAGAAGAUGGUGAUCGCUGGUCGGAUGAUGACGAUGACGAUUCAGAGGCGGGAAAGAAACUUGUCGGUGGAAAUUCGAAAAAAGACGCACACAAUGGCUCGGACUCGGAUUGA